AGAGUGGGGAGGAACUAAAGGUUCAGGGGAUUGAUGCUCCAGGAGCUGGGGGAAGUGGUUUUCUGUGACCCCUUGGCAGUAUUUAGGUUGAGCUUGAGCUCCAAAAGGUACCUGGGAGGUUUUUUCUUGUGUUCUGUGGUUUCUUUUGUUCUAAGCUGGUGCAGUGAGGUUUCAGCAUGGGCAGCAGCCUCAGCCAGCAGCUGUGCUGUGUGCUCUGUGAGAGGUGCAGAGAGCAGGAGGCAGCAAACGCAGAGUCCAGCGAGACCAAGCCCAUCCUGCAGAGCCCCGGGGACACACGGACAUUUUUGGACACACGGACGUUCUUGGACACACAGCCCUCCACCCCAGCCCUGAAGGUCCCCAAACUGGGCUCCAAGGAGCUGCUCCAGGACCACCAGGCCUCAGCUGAUGCCCUGGAGGAGAAUGGAGAGCCCUGCUCCCCUGCAGAAGGCUGGGAGCCAGCCUGGAACCCCAUGGAUUUCUUUGCAGCCCCUGCUGAUGAGGAGGCUGAAGGAGAAGUUGAAGAUUUAAGCCAGCAGGAGAAAGUGGGUGAGACAGAAGAGGAAAUCAAACCUAUUGCUGCUGUUCCUGUGGGAGACACAGCCCUGGGGGCUGAGGCUGGCAGUGAGGGAGCCCCCUGUGCUGGGAUAACCCUGCAGGAGGGAAAUAUCCCCAGCCUCGUGGAGCUCUCCAGCGAUGCUGAAGCUGAGCCAGAACCUCCUGCAGACACCCUGGGGGCUCUCGUGGGCAGGGACCUGUCACUGUGUGCUGUGCAGGUGGCAGGGCCCGAGCCCGUGGAGGGCACAGCCAGGGCUGCAGCUGCUGAGACAAGCCCCCAGGCUGCCCAAAGGGCUGAGCUCAGCUGUCUGGUGGAAGCCAUGUCUCUCCUGACCCUGCAGAGCCCUUCAGAGGGCAUAACAAGGGGGGUGGCUGAGAUCUAUUCCUCUUCUGUGGUGUCCUGGCAGCCCCUGUGCCCACAGUGGGCGUCUCUGGAGCCACCAAGCCAGCUGCUGGAUCUCCUAAAGGAGGGCAUGCAGGGCACUGUGCCACCCGCCCAGGCCAUGGGGAGCCUGUGCUGUGCAGGGCUUGCAGGAGUGAGUGAGAUCUUGCAGCAGCCCCAGGAUGGAGCCCUGUGUGAGCUGGGACAGGAGGGGAGCAGGGGCUGCACCCCAGGACCUGAGGCAGAGCUGCAGGAUGGGAUCAUUCAGCCAGCAGUGGAGCUUCCAGAAGAACCAGCAACUUUUGUUCCUGUACAGCAAGAAGCUGAGCUCCCACUUGUGCCCUCCUCACUGCCUGAAGUGCUUGGGAGCAGUGGGGAAGUAGAGGCUGAGAAAGUUGAAGCUUGAGAUGUUUGGUCCUCAGGUGGCCUGGGGUCACAUCUGUGCAGGGACAAGGAUGAGGCUCUUGCCCUCAGGAAGGGGUUAACCCCCAACAGCCCCAGCUGUUGGACUCAGGAUUUUGCAGAAUGUGUCCCAGACUUCAGGAACUCUUGUCAGACAGAUCUGUGAAGUUUUUACAGAGCUUUCCAGUGUUCUCCUGAGUGAUUGUUCAGUCACAGAUCUGUUUCUUGCCUUUCCCAGUAGGUGUUUUUCAGAUCAUGCCUCUCUGAUUCACUCGAGCCAGGAUCUCACUGAGCUGAUGCUGCUGCAUUCCCCCAGUGAGGUUUGGUCAUGGGAGGUCUCAUCCCUUGGUCUGAAGAGUCUGGGAACAGAAUAGAAAACCGCUCCUCUAAUUGUGUGCAGUCAGAUGUUUUCUGUGAGGCCAACAGCCAUUUCUCCUGCUACCUCAGAAUAAUGAAAUAUUUAAACUACCUCCCUGAAUAAUUCUCUUGAAUUGAUGCUUCCUGCUUUCAUGUCAAUGUUGAACAAAUUUUCACAGGAAGAUGAUGAAAUCCUAAUUCUGGCUUGUUCUGUAUCUCUUGUAGUAGUGGAAGUGUUUGUGUGACCUGUGCAGUUUAUGCAGAAGUUAAAAUGUAGUCUUGAUCAGAAUGCAGAAGUCAGUGUAUGCAGCUGAAAUCUACUGACUUUUAAUGUUCCUCCCACUGUGCUACCAAUAAAAUACACUUUUAAAGAUCAUGGCAAAACCCCAAA